GCACAACCUAUUCACAUAGACAAAGGUGAAACCAGUGAAACCACCCACUAGUGCACUACCCCAAGCUUUUCCCAUAUAUAAAACCAGUAACAAAAACAUUAAUACCUGAAAUUAAGCAGCCGUUGACCUGAGAUAUGGAUGGCACAGAAGCCCAGAUGUCGAGCUCCGGUGGCAAACGAGGCGGUUGGAUCACCUUCGUCUUCAUCACUGGGGCUGUGUUGGGGUUGACGCUUGCGACUGGAGGAUGGUUGUCAAACUUGAUUGUAUAUCUGAUUCAGGAGUUCCAUGUGGAAAGCAUAAAUGCCGCUCAGAUUUCAAACGUAGCGAGCGGCUGCAGCAAUCUAUUUCCGGUCAUUGGAGCCAUUGUUGCCGACUCUUUCAUAAGUUCUUUCUCUGUUGUCUCCAUUUCAGCCUGUAUCUCGUUGCUGGGAAUAAUAGUUUUAACAUUGACUGCAACACUCGAUACGUUGAGACCUCAACCAUGCGAUAUUAAUGGAUCAAGCAUUUGCGCGCCACCGUCAAGCGUCCAAUACGCAGUCCUAUACACAGGUUUAGCUCUGGCGUGUAUUGGGUCAGGAGGAACACGAUUUACUUUAGCAACAAUGGGAGCAAACCAAUUUGAUAACCCAAAGCAUCAGGGCAUUUUCUUCAACUGGUACUUCGUCUCUGUUUACGCUGCUUCUGCGCUAAGCAAUGCCAUCGUCUACAUCGAAGACAACGUGGGCUGGAAGUGGGGAUACGGCGUUAGUGCAGUCGCUAACUUGAUCGGCUUGGCCGCCUUCUUGCUCGGACACCGUUUCUACCUCCGUGAUAAGCCGCAGGGGAGCCCGUUCACAGGCUUGGUUCGUGUUGUUAUUGCUGCUGUCCGGAAAAGGAAGGUGCAGCUCUCAUCCAAAAUCGAGGAUUACUACUACGGCAAAGAUGGAAUGACGGAAAUACCCACACUGCCUAAAAAGAGAUUCAGGUUCCUCAAUCGUGCAGCACUUAAAACAGAAGGAGAUGUUCAAUCAGAUGGUUCAAUCGCAAAACCUUGGAGGAUAUGCACAAUACAGCAAGUAGAAGAUCUCAAAACCCUCAUCAGAAUCUUCCCAUUAUGGUCGUCAAGUAUAUUCUUAGGCACCCCAAUAGGAAUCCAAGCCAGUUUGACCGUCCUCCAAGCCUUAACCAUUGACCGUUACCUUGGACCUCAUUUUGAAAUCCCAGCUGGCUCUAUCCUAGUCGUUGUCCUAAUCUCCACGGCCAUCUCUCUCACCCUUAUCGAUCGUUUCUUGUGUCCCAUGUGGCAGAAGCUGACUGGUAAAUCUCCAACCCCACUCCAACGGAUAGGAUUGGGCCACGUGCUAAACAUUCUAAGCAUGGCCACUUCAGCACUAGUGGAAUCGAAGCGGCUCAAAAUUGCCCGAGCCCACCACCUCCAAGGCCGGCCCGGUUCAAUAGUGCCCAUGUCGGUCUUGUGGCUGUUUCCACAACUAGUCUUGGUUGGCCUUGGAGAAGCAUUUCACUUCCCGGGACAAGUAGCGUUGUAUUACCAAGAAUUUCCUGCGUCGCUGCGAAGUACAUCGACAGCGAUGAUUGCAUUGAUUAUAGGGAUUUCUUUUUAUCUGAGCACGGCUGUGAUUGACCUCGUUCGGAGGGUCACCGGAUGGUUGCCGGAUAAUAUAAAUGACGGGAGGGUAGAUAAUGUGUAUUGGGUGGUAGUUGUGGUGGGAGUGGUCAACUUCUUUUACUACUUGGUGUGCUCUUCUUUGUACAAGUAUCAAAAUGUUGAAAAGGGUGCAGAUGAUACUUCUUCUAUUGAUAAGAUGUGAAUCAUGUGAUGCCGCCGGUUAACGACGCAAGGGGUUUGAUGUAUUUAUAACAAAUUGUUCAAGUGCUCAUCAAUAAAGAUGGGAGAUCCUUUUAAUGUUC